AUGAACUUCGAACUACCACGAAGAUUCAUCCUACUACUGACCCUUACACCUUAUGAUGGGCUCGGAGACCCAAAAAGGUUCCUCGAGAAAUUUCGAUCAAUAAUGAUCGUUAACGGUGCAUCUGACACUGUUUUUUGCCAUUGUUUUCCGAAUUAUUUAGAUGGUCCUGCACUUGAUUGGCUUUGUACUUUGCCUGGACAAAAUGAGAGCCUGAAGGACUAUAUGACUCACUUUACGAAAGUCGCCAUAAGCAUACCAGACCUCCACCCCGAGGUCCAUCUACAUGCCCUCAAAAGUGGACUCCGACCUGGGAAGUCCAAGAAACCAUCGCGGUUGCCAAACCGAAAACCCUUGCCGGGUCAAAUUGAUAUCGAGGAGCUCACACAAGCUUGGAAGUCUGACAAAACGUACUACAGAGACGAAGAUAAGUUCAACACCAAGCGAGAAGACAUAAUCAAAGAGAUCCUAAAUUUAAAAUUGAUUAAGCCACCAAGGAAGGCCGGUACAUAUCAAGAUACAAAGAACGUAGACAAGUCUAAAUACUGCGCUUUCCACCAGAAGCAUGGUCAUACCACUGACAAAUGUGUGGUGGCAAAAGAACUCUUGGAAUGGCUAGCUCGGCAAGGCCACCUUGACAAGUACAUUGGAGGUCACAUCCAAAGACGUACCACACCUUCCACAGCCAAUACUUCGUCCGAACAACAAAACCGAGGAAAGGAGAAGGCAUCCUCAAGCCAAUAUGAACAACAUCGAGGUAUAAUUAAUUGUAUUUCAAGAGGAUACACCAGUGGAGGAUCACCAAACUCGGCUAAAAAGCAAUCUUUUCGGGCAAUAUACUCGGUAGAUAGACCACAGCAUGAACCUCAAAUCGCGGCCCAAUUUCUACAAAUGACAUUUACACACGGGGAUUUUGAUUCCAAUAUUCAGAAUCUGAAUGACCCUGUGGUUAUCACUCUUCAAUUAGGAGAUUCAUUGGUGAGGAAGGACGAACAUGUUGUCACAAUCCACGGAGAUCAUAAAGAAGCACGACAGUGCUACAACAUCAGCAUGAGGCCUCCAAGCCGUUCAAAACAACUUCAGGUCAACAAUGUCCACCUCAGCGCUAAUAGCUCGACAUUAGCCGACCUAGACCCUAGAGCCGACUUUCUUGAAAGACCUAUGCCAACAGGUACAACAAUAAGUACAGUGGAACAAAAUGUGAUAAAAGCCUUUCUACAAGAGCAAGCCGACCUCUUUGCAUGGACACCUUCUGACAUGCCCGGCAUCGACCCAUAA